AUGAAGUAUCUUCAGCUUUUGCUGAUUUGUGCCAUUCUGGCAGUGGCGAGAGCGACGCCAAUAGUUGCACCAGCAGUUGCGGUCGUCAACACUGGAAAAAGUGCUCAAUUCCGUAAUCAGGAUAAUUUGGGAAACUAUAAUUUUGGAUAUAAUGAAGAUCACGCCACAGGAGGUACUUUCAGGAGGGAAGCUUCUGAUAGUCUAGGCAACAUUGCUGGUUCUUAUGGUCUUAGAGAUGCCGAUGGCCGUGUACGAAUUGUCAAUUAUGUAGCUGAUGAUUUUGGUUUCCGUGCCGAUAUCCAAACAAAUGAACCCGGUGUUGAGCCGAAGGAUCCUGCUGAUACUAUUAUUAAUAAAGCAGCUUCCGUUGUCGUUGAAGGAGCUCCUGCCGCACCUGCUGCUAUUACAUUAACUGCACCUGUAAAAUCAAUUCAUGCAGUUGAAGCACCAGUUGUGGCUGCUCCAGCUGUUGCCGUAGCUGCUGCACCUGCAAAAUCCAUUCAUACAUACGGCGAAACUCUUUAUGCCCCGGCACCCGCUCCUGUUGCUGUGGAAGCACCUGCUGUAGUGGCACCUGCACACGUAAAAUCUAUUCACACUUACGCUGAGGCUCCUGUAGCCGUUGCACCACCCGCUCCCGUUGCUGUAGCCGCUCCUGCUCCCGUUGGUUUUGCAGCGCCUUCUAAAUCCAUUCAUAGUUAUGGAGAAACUGUAAUCGGACCGGGUCACAAAACUGUAAAACACGUACAAAGCGUUUCUGCACCUGUAGCAGUAGCACCAGCACCCAUCGCAGUUGCAACACCAGCAAAAUCAAUUCAUACUUACGGUGAAACUGUCGUCGCACCAGCUCCCGCUCCCGCUGUUGCUGUAGCUGCCCCCGAAAAGUCAAUUCAUACAUAUGGAGAAACUUUUGUUGCACCUGCCCCCGCCCCCGCUGUUGCUGUAGCCGGUCCCGCAAAAUCAAUUCAUACAUAUGGCGAAACUGUAGUAGCUCCUGCACCAGCACCAGCUGUUAUUGAACCCGCAACACACGUUAAAUCCAUUCACGCAUAUUCACACGCACCCUAUGCUGUUGCAGCACCCGCUCCAGCAGUAGCAGUAGCAGCUCCAGCAGCGGUUCACACUUACGGAGAGGCUAUUGCAGCACCCCACGCAGCCGUAAAAUCUAUUCAUAGAGAAGUUGCUGUUGGUCCCCAUGUUGGUGCAGUUCGUUCUGAAUCAGUGGCAGUAGCAGCACCUGGAGUCAAGUCGAUUCACGCUUAUGGCGCUCCAUACGUAGUGGGAGGAGGACAUUCUCUGGCUUAUGCUGCAUAUCCAUAUGGAUAUGGUGGAUACGGAUAUUAUGGUCAUCCCGGCUACGUACCACUGGGAAUCGUCGGUGGUCCAACACCAUACAGUCAUUUGUACGGACGUAGAUUGGGAAAAAUUAAAAAAUAUCAGAAUCUUACUGGAAGAUUUAGUAUAAAUACGCUCGAACGAACACCAAAAGCAUCAGUACUUCAAUCAAACUCAACUGAAUCCACAAUGAAGUUCUUAAUUCUCUGUGCCAUUGUUGCUGUUGCAAGAGGAGCGGGCGUUUUAUACGCUCCAGCAGGAAUUUUAGAAACUGGGGCGAGUGUACAACACAGAAACCAAGAUGUUUUUGGUAACUACAACUUCGGUUACAAAGAAGACCACACUACAGGAGGAACCUUCAGAAGCGAAUCUGGUGACGCUUUUGGCAACAAAGUCGGUUCUUACGGAUUGAGAGAUGCUGACGGUCGUCAUCGUGUUGUCAACUACGUAGCCGAUGCUGCCGGUUUCAGAGCCAACAUCCAGACCAACGAACCCGGAACCGAACCCAAAGAUCCAGCAGCCACUCUUAUCAAUAAGGGUGUUGCAGUAGCUGCAGCUGCUCCAGCUGUUGCUCUGGCUGCUCCAGUUCCAGCUGUACAUGCUCCAGCUUUGCACGCUUCAGCUGUGCACCACUAUGCAGGAGCGCCUCUUUUCGCAGCAGCUCAUUACGCAGCACCCGUUGUUAAACACGGUUUCUACGCUCACCACGCCGCUCCACACUAUUAUUGGUAA